AUGGACCCCAACCAACUUACCCCUGUUCCUGGCAACCCUAACAUCCGAUAUGACAGGUUUGGGUGGCCAUAUGUCCAAGAUGUCUCUGGUCAUUGGGUUCAGUUAUACGCGCCAACCAUGGUGACUUCUCAGUCUGUCCCUACUGCAACUCAUGGAUUUCCUGCUGUGUCCCAGAACGAAACUGCCUCGACUCGCCCCCAUAAUAACAUGGAGGAUGGUCCAAACCAACCGCUUUCUGAGGCUCUUGUGAUUGUUACAUCCACUCGAGCCCCGACAGCCAGCCCUUCUACUGCAGUGAUCGAUCUGGCGCUUUUACCUCUUCCUGAGGUCUCGGACGAUGACCUCUCUGACCCGGUCACAAUUGUGAAGUCCCGGGGCCAUGCCGCUGCGAAGAAGGUCGCUGGAUCACGUCAGAAGGGCAAGGGCAAACAGCGCGCUGUACUAACCGAGUCUCGCGAUAAGGGAAAGGAGAAGGCCACCGCUCGCAAGCACAGGCAUGCCUCAGAUGAUGAAGAAGUUGAGGUAGUAGCCAAGCGUGGCCGUCCCAAGGGUGCUGGCAACUACACUGCAGACGAGGUUGAUGCCCUCCUUGACUUUGUCGAGGAGGAGCUCCCUCUUGGCCAAUGCGGGUGGCAGUCCAUCCACCGUGGUUUCACUCACUGGGCUCGUCGUAACGAUGCUGCUGAACGCACGUUAAAGUCUCUGGAGACCAAGUUCAAACAGCUUGUUAAGACCACAAAGCCCACUGGUGAUGCCUAUUGUCCCCCGGACGUCAAACAAGCACACAAGAUUGACGGGCGUAUCAACGAGAGGGCUGCCACCCGCGAUCUCAACGACUCCGACUUCGAUGAUGCUGCUCAGUUGACUGUCCAGCAUGUCCAGGGAAAGAUGCGUUGCGAGGAGAGGUACCCGGAGGGAGGUAUACACACGUACUGGGUCACGGAUCCCUCCUCUACCUCGGGUGAGAGUGAUAAGGAGAACGAGGACCCCAAUUUCUUCCGUCGCCGCUGUGACAUUGACUAUAGAGACCAGCCUUCGUCAUCGUCGUCGUCAGGCCAUCACUUUGGCAUAGAGUUGCAAGCUUUGACUACUUCCCAGCCCAAUGCUGCCACUGCCACAGCUGGCAAGGACCAAGAUGGUGAGGAGGGUGACGAUGACGAUAUAUAUGUCAAGGAUGCUGAUGGGCCCAAGGACGAGUAG